GGAGGAGGAGGCAGUUCCCAAACAGAGAGAGAAGGAGAGGAAGGGUCAGUGGCUGGAGCUGGGAGGCAGCAAGCAGCAGAAGGCUGGUGCAAGGGGCAGCCUCCCCUGGCCUUGGGCAGCCCCUCUCGCCCCCUCUCUCGCCUUCUUCCUCUUCCUCAAAGUUUGGGAGGAAAGUUUGUGGGCGCCCCCGGCAGCAUCAUGGCGAGCAGCCCGGCACCCAGCAAGGAGCAGAGGGAGAAGGAGAGGGAGAAGGAGGCCGCCCAGCCUGGCCCUGGCCCGGCUCUGCCUUGCCCAAGAGGAGGCGGCGGCGGGGGUGGAGGGGCUCCCUUCCUGGGGCUCCUCUGCCUGGCCCUCUGCUCCAGCCUCGCCUCCUCCUCCGCCGCCAGCGACUCCGAGUUUUCCAUCUUGGAUGAGGCGCAAGUUUUGGCCACUCAGAUGAGGAAGCUGGCCUCCGAGGAGCUCGGGGUGGUCACCAUGCAGCGGAUAUUCAACUCCUUUGUGUACACAGAAAAAAUCUCAAAUGGUGAAAGUGAAGUUCAGCAGCUGGCAAAAAAAAUUCGGGAAAAGUUUAACCGUUACUUGGAUGUGGUAAAUCGAAACAAACAUGUAGUAGAAGCUUCGUACACUGCUCAUCUGACAUCACCCUUGACUGCAAUUCAAGACUGCUGCACCAUUCCGCCAUCUAUGAUGGAGUUUGAUGGUAAUUUUAACACCAAUGUAUCUAGAACGAUUAGCUGUGAUAGACUGUCUACAACUGUGAAUAGCAGAGCAUUCAAUCCUGGCCGUGACUUAAAUUCUGUUCUUGCUGACAACCUGAAAUCUAACCCAGGAAUUAAAUGGCAAUACUUUAGUUCAGAAGAAGGCAUUUUUACUGUGUUUCCAGCCCACAAAUUUCGAUGCAAGGGAAAUUAUGAACAUCGCAGCAGGCCUGUCUACGUCUCUACGGUUAGACCGCAGUCUAAGCACAUAGUUGUCAUUGUGGAUCAUGGGGCUUCAGUGACAGAGACACAACUCCAGAUUGCUAAAGAUGCAGCCCAAGUUAUUCUGAAUUCAAUAGAUGAACAUGAUAAAAUCUCUGUGUUAACUGUGGCAGACACAGUAAGAAUCUGCUCCUUGGAUCAGUGCUAUAAGACAUUUCUGUCUCCUGCCACCAGUGAGACAAAAAGGAAAAUGUCCACUUUCGUUAGUAAUAUAAAGUCAUCUGACAGCCCUACUCAGCAUGCAGCAGGAUUUCAAAAAGCAUUUCAGUUGAUAAGAAAUACAAACAAUAGCACUAAACAGCAAGCAAAUACAGAUAUGGUCAUUAUUUAUUUAUCAGCUGGAAUAACAUCAAGAGAUCCAUCAGAAGAUGGCAAAAAAGCCACCCUUCGUGUCAUCAAUGAAGAAAAUAGUUUUCUUAACAACUCUGUAAUGAUCCUUACCUAUGCUCUAAUUAAUGAGGGAGUUACAGUUUUAAAAGAACUAGCAUUUCUCCGAGAUCUGGCAGAACAAAACUCAGCAAAGUAUGGGGUGCCUGACCGAACUGCAUUACCUGUGAUAAAAGGGAGCAUGAUGGUCCUGAAUCAGCUGAGCAAUUUGGAAACUACAGUUGGACGGUUUUAUACAAAUCUCCCAAAUCACAUGAUUGAUGAAGCAGUCUUCAGUUUGCCUUUUUUGGAUGAAAUGGGAGAUGGUCUGAUAAUGACUGUAAGCAAGCCUUGUUAUUUUGGAAACCUGCUAUUGGGAAUUGUAGGAGUAGAUGUUAACCUGGCUUAUAUUUUGGAAGAUGUUACUUAUUACCAAGAUUCUUUGGCUUCCUACACAUUUUUAAUAGAUAACAAAGGAUACACUCUUAUGCACCCUUCCCUUACCAGACCCUACUUGCUUUCUGAACCACCACUUCAUACAGAUAUAAUCCAUUAUGAGAAUGUUCCAAAAUUUGAACUGGUUCGGCAGAACAUUCUUAGCCUCCCUCUAGGCAGUCAGCUUAUUACAGUCCCCGUGAACUCCUCACUGUCAUGGCAUGUAAACAAACUGCGUGAAAUUGGGAAAGAUGCCUACAAUGUGAGUUACGCCUGGAAAAUGGUUCAAGAUACUUCUUUCAUAUUGUGUAUUGUUGUGAUACAGCCAGAAAUACCUGUUAGACAACUUAAAAACCUGAACACAGUACCCAGUAGCAAGCUUCUUUAUCAUCGAUUGGAUCUCUUGGGUCAGCCCAAUGCUUGCCUACAUUUCAAACAGCUGGCAACAUUAGAAAGCCCUACGGUAAUGCUGUCUGCAGGUAGCUUCUCUUCUCCAUAUGAACAUCUGAGCCAACCUGAGACCAAGAGGAUGGUGGAACACUAUACAGCAUAUCUCAGUGAUAACACACGUCUGAUUGCCAACCCAGGGCUGAAAUUCUCUGUCAGAAAUGAAGUAAUGGCUACCAGUCACGUCACAGAUGAAUGGAUGACACAAAUGGAAAUGAGUAGCUUGAACAGUUACAUUGUCCGCCGUUACAUAGCAACGCCCAAUGGGGUGCUCAGAAUUUAUCCUGGUUCCCUCAUGGACAAAGCAUUUGAUCCCACUAGGAGACAAUGGUACCUCCAUGCAGUGGCAAAUCCAGGAUUAAUUACUUUCACCGGGCCCUACUUAGAUGUUGGAGGAGCUGGGUAUGUGGUUACCAUCAGUCACACAGUUCAUUCUUCAAGUUCACAAAUGUCUUCUGGCCAUUCUGUUGCUGUGAUGGGAAUUGAUUUUACCUUGAGGUAUUUCUACAAGGUACUAAUGGACCUCUUACCAGUUUGUAAUCAAGAUGGAGGCAAUAAAAUAAGAUGUUUUAUUAUGGAAGACAGAGGAUACCUAGUGGCACACCCAACUCUUAUUGAUCCCAAAGGCCAUGCUCCAGUAGAACAGCAACAUAUUACACAUAAGGAGCCCCUGGUGGCAAAUGAUAUCUUGAACCACCCAAACUUUGUGAAGAAAAACCUUUGUAAUAGUUUCAGCGACAGAACAGUCCAGAGGUUUUACAAAUUCAAUACCAGCUUGACGGGUGAUCUGACAAAUCUUGUGCAUGGCAGCCACUGUUCUAAGUACAAGCUGACAAGAAUACCUGGGACCAAUGCCUUUGUUGGAAUAGUAAAUGAAACUUGUGACUCACUUGCCUUCUGUGCCUGUAGUAUGGUAGAUAGGCUCUGCCUAAACUGUCACAGAAUGGAACAGAAUGAGUGUGAAUGUCCUUGUGAAUGCCCUCUGGAGGUCAAUGAAUGUACUGGCAAUCUUACAAAUGCAGAGAGUAGAAAUCCUAGUUGUGAAGUCCACCAGGAACCCAUGGCAUUUACUGCUGUUGAUACCAAUUUACAAGAUGCUCUUCCUCAGUGUAUUAAUACACGGUGUAAUCAAAGGAUGGAAAGCGGGGACUGUUUUGGCGUCUUAGACUGUGAGUGGUGUGUGGUGGACAGCGAUGGAAAAACUCAUCUAGAUAAACCCUACUGUGCUCUUCAGAAAGAAUGCUUUGGUGGCAUUGUGGGUGCCAAAAGUCCUUAUGUGGACGACAUGGGAGCCAUUGGAGAUGAGGUGAUAGCUUUGAAUAUGAUAAAAAGUGCUCCAGUUGGUCCUGUAGCAGGAGGUAUUAUGGGAUGCAUCAUGGUACUAGUGCUGGCUGUGUAUGCCUAUCGUCACCAGAUCCACCGCAGAAGUCAUCAGCAUAUGUCUCCACUUGCAGCGCAAGAAAUGUCAGUCCGCAUGUCCAACCUGGAGAAUGAUAGGGAUGAGAGGGAUGAUGACAGUCAUGAAGACAGAGGAAUCAUCAGUAACACUCGAUUUAUAGCAGCAGUUAUUGAGCGGCAUGCACACAGUCCUGAGCGGAGGCGCCGUUACUGGGGACGAUCAGGAACAGAAAGCGAUCAUGGUUACAGUACUAUGAGUCCUCAGGAAGAUAGUGAAAACCCUCCCUGCAAUAAUGACCCUUUAUCUGCUGGCGUCGAUGUGGGAAAUCAUGAUGAAGAUUUAGACUUGGACACCCCUCCUCAGACUGCUGCACUCUUGAGUCACAAGUUCCACCACUACAGGUUGCAUCAUCCAGCACUUCAUCACAGUCAUCACCUACAGGCUGCUGUCACAGUACACACUGUAGAUGCAGAGUGCUAGUGACCUCUGGCCUUGAGGAGGAAAUGCAGCCAGCAAACACUGAUCCAGACAACCAAGGGCAGACUUACACCAAGUGUUCUUUUACCUUGACCAGAGAUAGUUGGGGGUAACUUCACGAAAUCUUUUUCACAUGAAAACCUGACUUGCGUAAAUGCAAGGUUGGCUCCAAAGUGGAAGAGAAAGUAGCAUGAUGAAUAAACCUGCCAUAACAUCCAGUAAAAUGGAAUACCAGGAAUGCUCAGCCUCCAAACACAGGAAGAAAGGUUUAUACAGUAAACACAGCCUUUUGAACCCUUGUUAAUCAGAGCCAAGGAAAGAUUUUGCUCAGAGAGAGAGAAACAAUUGCUUUCCUUAACUGGAAGAACAGAAAUCUUUGCAGCAAGAGACAGAGGUUGCAAGAUCCAUAAAUAGUCCUUGCCAUGAGGUUUCCAUUUGAGCUGAGUGUUUUGUUUUCGGUUUUUAAAAGUUCAUUACUUUUACAAAUUUCCUGUAUGGGACCUGGGGACAGUGGAUCUCAAUAUUUUUAAAUAAAGUAUUAUUUUUGUACUAUUUAUUGAACUCAAAACAUUCAUGAACUCUGAAGGAGAUGAAAGAGAGGGGAUAAAAAAGCAUUAGGAGCUCUCUGCGAAUAUAGCCUAUGUUUUAUUUGUGUUGGUAAUGCUGUGGUUCUUGUCAAGAGGACUUGUCAUUCCUCGGGGCAAGAUUUUCACUCUCCCCCCCCCCCCCCCCCCCAGCUAUAAAGGGAAAAUGAAGAAAUUGUGUGCUGAUUUGUUUACAUGAUUAAGGUUUGGUUUCCAUGGUCAUUUUGUACACUUUAAAGAUGGUUUAUAACACAGUAUUUUUUUAGAUAUAAAUAUAUAUAUAUAUGUAUCUGAAUGUGGGGAGAAGGAAUACCAGCCUCCCAGCACUGAGGAAUCCUGCCUAUUUUCCCACAGUUGAUCCUGUUCAAUCCCAGGCUGAGGGCAAGAUUCCAUUCAUGUAGUAAUGCAGUGUUCAAAAACCAUUCAUGAUUACUAGAGGAAUAAUUAUAAUUUGUUCUGUUUCCUUUUUACAUGACAGUACAUUUUUGGAAAAUGUAGGGAGGUAAAUGAAAUGCUUUGUAAACAGUUGGUCUUUGUGAAAGGUUUAUUUUCAAAUCAUACUGAUAAGGUUCUGUCUUCGUUAUCUGGAAUUUAACACUGCUUUUAGUGAUUGUUACAGGGAUAAAUAACAUCUGACCAGUACCAUGCAGGCCAUCAUAAUUUUAAAUUAGUGUUAAAUCACAAUUUUUUUGUUUAUUGUGAUUAAAAUAUGAAAACAUUCUUGCAUUGUGCAUAUGAUAAAUUUCCAUUUAUAUGUAGGAUUUGGUUUUUUAAAACAUCUCUGGAUACUGUUUUAAUGAUAGGGUACUUAAUACUUAUUAUGUAAAAAUGGUUCUUAACUUGAAGCAGUAUGGUAAAAUAUGUGUGUGCUAUCAGGAUCCCCUUUAUACUAUGUAUACAAUUACAACCUCUAGUGAAAUAAACUGUGUAUAAAGUAUGGAUUUAUGGAUUAAUUUUGGCAGAAUUGAACAUAACUUUUGUUUUUAAUAUUUAAAAUUUUGAGUCAUAUAUUGAUAAUGCAAAUUCUUCAAUGUGCUGUACAUUUUCACACAGCUGUCACUUUCAUUUCUCACUAUUGAAACUCACAAAUACUUUGAGACAUACCAGUGGGGAAUGCAUGUGGGGAGUUCCACCAUUUUGUAAUAUGAACAGGGGCAUAAUCUGUGCACACAGUAGGACCCAUCAUGUACCCAGGAUGUGGCCUUUGUGCAAAGACUGGAAAACUCUUGCUCACAACUGGCUUUUGAUCUUGCCAAUUGAUUGUUGGCACUUAGAAAAGUAGAAAGCCCUAAGAGAGUUCAAGCACAACACGAACAUACUGUCACAAUAGCUCCAGUUGCUGUGUUGAUGCUAAAAGAGUAAAAUAUGGGAUGUUCAUAAUUAAUUUUCAACAGCUGCAUAAACAUCAUUAGGCAGAUAUUAAGAAACAAAUCAUUUCAUUUUGUCCUUGAUUUCAGAACAGCAGAAAGUAGUCAAAAAUGGAAAAUUGCCACUAGGGUUUGGUUCUGCAUGGAUAUCAAAAACCCAUGAAAUACAAUGGCAUAGUGAAACUUAUGUAAAAAAGCAAAAUCAAGGUUUGCUUUUAGGAAUUUAUGUAUUUUAAAAAUAUUUUCAAGUUGUGGAUGGUUGAAUCUGUGGAUAAAGAAACUUUAAUAUACUGUAAAACUUGUCCAACAAGCCAGGUAGAUGUCUUAAUAAAUGAGAGAGCAAAUGUUUGCAAUCUUGAUAUUCAUGUUUUUCUGAACUAAGUUGAAGACCUAGAAAGAUUAAGGACCUCUUGUUCCAGAUCACACCAUUUUGAAUUAUUAAUCAGCGUGGCAUAAUCCAAAACUGAAUGACAGAAAUAUAAUAUUCUAUUUCUAGAGCUUUCCUGGAAAAAAUUGUGAACUAACAAUUUUGAUACCACACUUGUUUAAAUAUGUAUGCCUCUAUAGCAAAAUGCCAGUCCAUGGGGGGAAGGCAUGAACGCCACUUGCACUGUACACAUAGACAAAUGCUCUUCAACCAUGCAUCAGAGGUAAAAUGAAAGAAAGUAAACCUUUCCACUGGAGUCUUCACUUAUUGACUUUGGCAUUUAAGAAGAAAUAUUCCUUUAGAGCACUUUUAAGGAACAGGAUUGUUACUAUAUGAACUACUUUGUAUUUUCUUUUAUAAAAUUUUGCCCAGUUGAACAGUAAUACAUAAUGAAUGAAUAUUUGCAUUUUGUAAGGGUUUGAAUAGCAUGAAGUAUUUUGGUGUAACCAUUGAUAAAUCACACUUUUUUCCUGUUUGCAGCUACUGAUUUCCAACUGAAGCCCUAAAAAUUAUAUAUUAAAAUAAGGACAGUUGUAAUCAUCAUUCAGCACUUAUGAUAAAGUGAUACAUUUCUGGCUGCUAUCCCUGCUAAUAACAGAGGUAGUGUCCUAAAUUGGAUGAGAAUCAUGUGGCUUUUUGGAAGUUGUUGGGUAGCAAGUUCCUUGCCAACACAGUCAGUGGUAAAGAAUGCUGGCAGCUGCUGUCCAACAACAUCUGGAGAGUCACAUGAUCCUCAUCCUUGACCUAUUAUGUAGUGAAGUUGUUUCCUCAAGGGUAACUGUCAGAUGGUGGGUUAGAGUUAAGGACAUGUUUCAUUGCAUUGUAAUGCAUAGUACCUUGCAAUUGAAGAAGAAAGUGACCUGUCAGGGUCAUGUGCCAAUUAACAGUACUGAUGAGUUAAUAGCAUAGUCUAUUAACACUUAGACAAGGGGAUGGGGACAAGUGCUUUGCGGAAGAUGAACUGGAAUAGCAAGAUGUUCCAUGUGCUAAGUUUAAACAUUCUGUCCAGGCUCUUAGGUAUAAUGAGUUGGGUUCAUCCCAUCUGUUCCGUGUCCAGUUCUAUGCUCAUUGCAUGACUUAGUUAUGUACUUAUCAAACCAAAAGUGACUGGUUUGGGGAGGGUAUGAUUUGAUUUUUGUCCCUUUUGUUUACAGUAACAUCCUUGAAGUACAAUACAGUUUUGCUAUGGUAAGUGUGAGUAAAGCUGUACUAAAAGUUUACUUCUACUACUACUACAGUCAGCCCUGCGUAUCCACAGUUUCAAACACCCAUAGUUUCAAAAAAAAAAUUUUAAAUGUAUAAAUUCCAAAAAACAAACCUUGAUUUUGCCAUUUGAUAUAAGGGACACCAU